AUGAGUAAUAAUUAUUUUAAUAAUGAAGCUCCUCCUGAUAAUAUAAAUAACCUGAGUUAUGAUGAGGGAUUAGCGCAGCAGAACAAUUUUACAGAUAAUGAUGAAGAAAUAUUUUCAUCUUUUUUUUCUGAUAACAAGAAAAAUAUAUGCCUUCCAAAAAGUUUAAGGGAGCACAUGAUCAUUGAAUAUACAGCAAUAUUUGUUAACAUUGAAGGAGAUAUUGCUGAAUUUUAUUUAAAAUUAAACAACGAUGUAUUAAUAAAAUUUCCGUUCUUGCAUGUAGAUCAUCCGUUACAUAAUUAUUACGAAUUUGUUAAGUCAAAUACGAAUAAAAGGUUGAUAAAAAAAUAUCCUAAAAUUAUUCCAAGCCCUUUAAAAGACUUAUUUCAAUAUGUUACUGAUUUAGAAAAUGCAAAAGUCGUGAAUAAUGAAAUUAAAAGUAAAAAAUUAAAAGAAAAACAAAUGGACAAUGUAAAAAAUAAAAAAGAAAAGAAACAAAUAUCUAUGAAGCAAAAAGAGAAUCAGUCUUAUUCUUCCCUUUUUAUGAGAUAUAUGCAGUCUGAUGAUGAAAACAGUAACGCAUCAGUAGAAAAUGAUAAAAACGAACAAAAUGAUAAAGAUACACUUAGCAAUGAAAAUAUGAUGGAAAUAGAUAAUAUUAUUAAAAAAUUAAAAGAUAAAAAGGAUAAGUCGCCUAUACAGACAGCAAGAUUUUAUCUUCAAUGUAUUGAAAAAUUGAAGUAUUUACAAUAUGGGUCCAAGCAAUAUAAAUAUUUUGUACAAAAAUUAUUAUGUGAUCAAAAUGGAUUAAAUGUAAACAAUUCAGACAUUAAGUCUACAGAUUUUCUGGAAUUCCUUCUAAAAACAAAUGAACACAAAAUAAGUUUAGAUAACGUAAGAAAUGAGGAUAUAAAUGAACAACCAAAUAACCAUGAUACUGAAACAGAAAGAGAUGACCUUCAAACCAUGCAGGAUUACAGAAGAGAACGAGCUAAACUUAUCCUUCAUGGUUUUAAAAAUAAGUGA